AUGACGAAAAAAGGUCAUGUUUGCGCAGUUUGCAACACAAACAUUGCGAAGUCUAUUUUCAAAUCACAGUGCGGUGUCUGUAAAAGAUAUUACCAUCCAGGCUGUGCAAACUUGACUGAAGUUGAAGUGCGCGUGAUGUAUGAGAAAAAACUUCCCUGGACCUGCAGUAAGUGCCAGCCAGCUCAACAACAGUCUCGUACAAACUAUGAUAUUUUGAGGAGGACAUCUUUCAAUCAACAGGAUGAUCAGAUUCCACUAUCUUUGGAUACAGCCCUGGCGCAGCACAGCCGCGCUAGCAACCAAUUUUCGUUCUCAGGGCAAAACAGGCGACAAACAAUGUAUCAAAUAAGUGAAAAUCACCCCAUGUCUUGUGGCGAAUCUGGACAGGCUGGUACGAGUCAGCGUAAACGGAACUCUCAGUACGAUGAGCCUAAUGAAGACGUGUCAUCAUUACGAUCAAUACUCUUGGAUUUGAGGGGUGAAGUAAGGAGCCUUAAGGAUGAGGUUGUCACCAUGAAAGAGUCUCUUGAUUUUAUAAAUGCUAUGUAUGAAUCCCAAAAACACACAACCAAGGUCUUGGGAGAAAUGAUUGAUGAUGUGAAAAAGGAGAAUAGCAAGCUUAGGGCCGAUGUAACUUUCUUGCAAAAUAAACUGCAUGUUAUUGAUCAACAACAAAAUGGCAAAAAGCUUAUGAUAAAUGGACCCUAUAACCGCAAUGACAGCGAUGAUGAAAUCAAAUUAAAAACUUUUAAAGUUUUAAAAUUUGUUUCUCAAGAUGGCAACGAAAAAUCAUUUAAUUGGUAUGUUCCUGAAAAGAAAAAUGCAUCGCAGUAUUCUUUAUGCGUUAAAGAAAGACAGCAUCAAAUGCAACAAGAUUAG